GCUGCGGAUGGCGCAGGCGCGUUCCGGGGACUCCAGCUUCUGAGCACUGGAAGACGGGCCCGGCGGGCGGACGGGCGCGCGCGCAGAGUGUGCGGACGGGGAGCGCGCCGGACGCGGGCGGCUGGAGGGGUCUGGUCCGGCGGCGUUGGGAGCCGGACCGGCAGGCCGAGGAGCGGGCGCCGCGAUGGCCGAGGGCAGCGCCGUGUCCGACCCGCAGCAUGCCGCGCGCCUGCUGCGAGCGCUCAGCUCUUUCCGCGAGGAGUCUCGCUUCUGCGACGCGCACCUGGUCCUCGACGGAGAGGAGAUCCCGGUGCAGAAGAACAUCCUGGCAGCGGCUAGCCCGUACAUCAGGACAAAGUUAAACUAUAAUCCUCCAAAAGAUGAUGGAUCAACUUAUAAGAUUGAACUUGAAGGGAUAUCGGUAAUGGUUAUGAGAGAGAUCCUGGAUUACAUCUUCAGUGGGCAGAUCAGACUAAAUGAAGAUACAAUCCAAGAUGUCGUACAGGCAGCAGACCUGCUACUGCUGACAGAUCUUAAAACUCUGUGCUGUGAGUUUUUAGAAGGCUGUAUUGCUGCAGAGAACUGUAUCGGUAUCCGUGACUUUGCACUUCAUUACUGCCUGCAUCAUGUACAUUACCUUGCCACGGAAUACCUGGAGACUCAUUUCCAAGAUGUCAGCAGCACAGAAGAAUUCCUAGAACUGAGUCCUCAAAAGCUUAAAGAAGUGGUUUCUCUUGAGAAGUUAAAUGUUGGCAAUGAGAGAUACGUAUUUGAAGCAGUAAUUCGAUGGAUAGCACAUGAUACAGAACUAAGAAAGGUCCACAUGAAGGAUGUUAUGUCAGCACUGUGGGUUUCAGGGUUGGACUCCAGUUAUUUACGGGAACAGAUGCUGAAUGAACCACUAGUACGAGAAAUUGUCAAAGAGUGUAGCAAUAUACCACUCAGCCAGCCACAGCAAGGAGAGGCGAUGCUGGCAAACUUCAAGCCCCGGGGUUACUCGGAAUGCAUCGUGACUGUGGGGGGAGAGGAAAGAGUUUCACGAAAACCAACAGCAGCGAUGCGAUGCAUGUGCCCUCUCUAUGACCCUAACAGGCAGCUUUGGAUAGAGCUGGCCCCUUUAAGCAUGCCAAGGAUCAACCACGGGGUUCUCUCAGCAGAAGGAUUUUUGUUUGUAUUCGGGGGCCAAGAUGAAAAUAAGCAGACGCUGAGCUCGGGAGAAAAGUAUGAUCCAGAUGCAAAUAUGUGGACUGCCUUGCCACCCAUGAAUGAGGCGAGACAUAACUUUGGAAUUGUGGAGAUAGAUGGGAUGCUGUAUGUUUUAGGAGGAGAAGAUGGUGAAAAGGAGCUGAUUUCCAUGGAAUGUUAUGAUAUUUAUUCUAAAACCUGGACAAAGCAGCCUGACUUGACCAUGGUUAGAAAGAUUGGCUGCUAUGCAUCUAUGAAAAAGAAAAUCUAUGCCAUGGGUGGAGGCUCAUAUGGAAAACUCUUUGAAUCUGUGGAAUGUUAUGAUCCAAGGACCCAACAGUGGACUGCUAUAUGCCCUCUAAAAGAGAGGAGAUUUGGAGCAGUGGCCUGUGGAGUCGCCAUGGAACUGUAUGUGUUUGGGGGAGUCAGAAGUCGUGAGGACAUCCAGGGUGGUGAGAUGGUAACUUGCAAGUCUGAAUUCUACCAUGAUGAGUUUAAAAGGUGGAUCUACCUUAAUGACCAGAAUUUAUGCAUCCCUGCUAGUUCCUCUUUUGUUUAUGGAGCUGUACCUAUAGGAGCCAGUAUUUAUGUUAUUGGAGAUCUUGAUACAGGUACCAAUUAUGACUACGUGCGUGAGUUUAAAAGAAGCACAGGCACCUGGCACCACACUAAGCCACUCCUUCCAUCUGACCUUCGCCGCACUGGGUGUGCAGCCUUACGUAUUGCAAAUUGCAAGCUUUUCCGCCUGCAACUUCAGCAAGGCUUGUUCCGUAUUCGUGUUCACUCACCUUGAAGAGGAAGCAGAGCAGAAAGCGAGAUCCUGACCCAAGUGCACCAUGACAUAGCUUUACGUAAGGGAGAACCAAGACAGCACCUGAGACUUACUCUGUUUACUAGGUUUUGGGUAUGCUAACUCUUUGGUGGUUUUAUAACACUAAAAAGCUUGAGCUUCAGCUCUUGUUUGGGAGAACAUGUAAUUGUUGAAUAACUAUGUGUGAAGAAUCAGUUCCUCCAAUUAGAUGCAAGUAAGUGGAGGCAAGUAAAUAUCCAAAGGAGGAGGUAGUGGGAAUUGGUAUAAUGUAAAAUAUUGAAGUUAAUACUAAGGUGCAUUUUCUGUGAAGGGAACUCAUAUCUGACUCUUGUGUUCAAGUAUGUGGCUUUGGUAAACAAACAAAAUCCGUAUAUGCAAAUCAACAUAUCCAAACAUAACAAGGUUGCUUUUCUGCUGCACUUGGGAGGCUACAUUAUGCCUAACCCUGCCCAGUGAAUUAAGGUUUAUGCCUAAAAUGUUAGAUUGGACUAUAUGCCAGUGAGUCUCCAUUUAUUACUAGUAUUCUGUCCUGAAAAUCUUUUUAAACUAUAUUAUGAUGAAUUGAAACUCAGAUAAAAUUUCUCUUUUAUAAUAUUCUAUCUUAGUAAUGUAAAGAUUCAAUAAAUUGAAGAGUCAGGUUGCAGCCCUCAUUUGAAUGCAAAGGAAGUUGCUAACUUCUGUGUUAAUUUCAAUUAAGAUAUGUCAUACCAUGAUUUCUGGGGUCGUACUUUUGAAGUUGUGAAGGAUCUCAUGCAGUGCUAUUCUUCCUUUUCAGUUGAUCAAAACCAUUUUAUAAGUAUGAGGAUAUUAGUGAGUAGGAGAUUUUAUGAAAGAAAGAUCUGAGUCAGACAAAUCGUAAAGGUCUGCUAUGACUGAACAAAACAAAACUGUCCAGACAAAAUAUGUAGGGAUCAAAAACUUUUUAAUAUAAUCUGUCUGAAAGCACACAAAGUCUUGUUUACUACUGUUUAGGAUUUGAAAACUUGUCUUAGAACGAGAAUCGGUGUUCAGAAUCGAGUCUUUGUAAUAGAAUUUUCCCAAUGCCAUUCACUAGUAAGAGUUUUAGACAAAUUGUGUUAUGAGUAGAGUUUGGCUGGUAGAGUAAACUACCUCAACUUAAUUUUCUUGUGUUCAUAGUAGAGCAAAUAGCCUAUCUCUCACUCCCACCUCAACUGACUCCACCCCUUUUGGGGAGAGAAGUUGGCUUGCAUUAGUGGAGCUUACCUUGUAAGAUAUUUUGUUUUCCAUUCAAAUUAUGCCACCUUAGUGAAAUUUGGGACUUCAAAGUGCUUGAUUACUUCAUAAUUUGAAUUUUAUGCAAUAUCAAAUUUCUAACCAAUUUAAUAUAGAGUACUUCAUUUUAAUUGUUUUCUAUAGCUUUUUUUCCUCCUAGAAUGGCUAUAAGCAGCAGCAUUUUUGUCUUAAUGAUUAAUAAAUGUAUAAAUGUAUAUCCUUUGGUUGUAAAUUUGAAAACAGGAGUUUCUUCUAGAAACUUCCUAUAUGGAAUGUUUGUAUGCUAUUAACAUGCAUAUGAAACAUCAAGUAUGUUUUCCUACCCCUGGACAUAAAAAAGAAUGACCUAUAUGCAAUUAUUUUUCUUAUAAUGCUUUGAAAGUUGCUGAAAAAAGUUAUUCCCAGGCCGGUUCUAAAGAAUGCUGUGUGUGGCACGUUAACUCUCCAUUCUGGCUGUAAGAUACUUGGUGAGAGAAGGUACAUUAUAAUGUUUUUAUCUUAUACACCAGAGGCUCUAGGCCUGAUGAGCCACACAUUCAUGUGAUCCCAUCAAAUUCAACAUGUCAAUCAAAGCCAGGCUUAGCAUUUUAUUGUGUACUGGUAAGCUGUCAUCUGCACAUUUUUCUAGUGAUACUCUGGAUAUCUUUUAAUCAAAACUCAAGCUAUGUGGCCACUGCAAAGAAAGAAAAUUUUCUUUUUAUGAUUAGGUGUUAGUUUUAGAGGAAACAGAUUGCUAAAAAAGUGAAUUUGCUUUGGUGAAAUAUCCUGUACAGAGUAGAACCUCAGCAUUCAGAAGGUGCAGUUGUGGAACUUUAAAGGUAGCAACUGACAUCCUGUUAAAGCCAUGAUAGUCAGCAAUUCUCUUUUCUUAAUUUCUGAAGUUUAAAAUUCUUCCCAGUCUAUGCCAGGGCUUUCCAAGGAGACAAUUCAUUAUUUAGGAGUGAAUGGGUUUCUAUUGCAAUAUUAUCAGUGCCUGCAUGACUUGGUAAAUUCAUUUUAUAAAAAUAGUUUUCUUAAAAUUCAGUUCAUUGACAUAGUAGCUGCAGAAAUUAGAUAGUGUUUUAUAAAAUAAAUUUGCCACAUAAUAUGGGAUGCAAUAACCAACAAAAGCUGCUAAGUGCCAAACUAUUAUUUCACUAUAUAUAAGUACAAAAAUAUUGUUUUGCAGUGUAGGGA